UCAAAACCUGGUUUGACUUAUAUUACAGUCCUCACUCAUCACGGAACCACGCCGAAAAUUCAUGGCGAAGACUAGCAUUUUUGCAGCUCUACCCUUUACCAACUUCGAAUUCCCGUCGCUGUUCCGUGUCAAGAACUCUUCGAUUAUCAGUUUCAGCGAAACCCAUUUUCUCCGACAAUCAAUUUCGACCGCAAUCGUAAGAUCUCCGACUAAGAGGGGAAUUGUGUCCGUCUCAUGUUCUUCCGUCACGGACGAAGCUUCUUCUGAAGAGCUACAAGUUCGAACCUUGACAUGGAAGUGGAAAGGUUAUUCGAUAAGAUAUCAAUGUGCUGGAACCAGUGGCCCUGCUUUGGUCUUGGUUCAUGGUUUCGGUGCUAACAGUGACCAUUGGAGGAAGAACACACCUAUUCUUGGGAAAACACAUAGGGUGUACUCAAUCGAUCUUAUCGGAUAUGGAUACUCCGAUAAACCGAAUCCUCGUGAGUUUGGUGGAGAACCAUUCUACACUUUUGAGACAUGGGGUGAGCAACUCAAUGAUUUCUGUCUGGAUGUGGUCAAAGAUGAAGCUUUCUUUAUUUGCAACUCUAUAGGAGGACUUGUUGGUCUUCAGGCAGCAGUAAGUAAGCCAGAGAUAUGCAGAGGGCUUAUGCUUAUUAACAUAUCCCUCCGGAUGCUUCAUAUCAAGAAACAACCAUUCAUUGGAAGACCUUUCAUCAAAUCAUUCCAGAAUUUACUUAGGAACACUCCGGUUGGAAAAUUAUUUUUCAAGAGCAUUGCUAAACCAGAGACAGUAAAGAGCAUUCUUUGCCAGUGUUACCAUGAUAGCUCGCAAGUGACAGAUGAACUAGUUGAGGCAAUUCUACGUCCAGGGCUUGAGCCUGGUGCAGUUGAUGUCUUCCUUGAAUUUAUCUGUUACUCCGGAGGACCACUUCCAGAGGAUUUACUCCCACUAGUCAAGUGCCCGGUUCUAAUUGCAUGGGGAGAGAAAGAUCCAUGGGAGCCCAUCGAGCUUGGACGAGCAUAUAGCAAUUUUGACGCGGUUGAAGAUUUCGUUGUUCUUCCAGAUGCCGGCCACUGUCCUCAGGACGAGAAGCCGGAGAUGGUGAACCCACUUAUUGAAUCAUUCGUUGCGAGACAUUGAAAGUCCAAUACAUCCAUCUCCCCAGACAUUUGAUCUUUCUAGUUUUUAAUAUAUCUGUACAGAAACAGUAUACCUGCACGAACACUCAGAGUUGUGCAUGAACAGUCACAGGUGAGAUUUUUCAGUAGUGACAAAACUGUGAUUGUAAGGAUACAGAUGUUGAUAGAGUAAAGAGGUCGAUAAGAGAAACAAACCUUUUUCUUCCAAACUCAAUGGAAAUACAAGACUUUCAUGUUUCAACA